CAUAACACUGUCUAACAGUAGAUCCUCUUUUGUAUUCAUGUAGAAUAUUACCAUAGUAUGCAAAAUAAGGCAGCAGUAGAAUAGAUUGGAAGGAACAGGCAUGUGAUAAUAGAGUGCAGACCCCAGAGGGUGUAUGUGUGUGUGUAGAAGGUUUUUUUUUUUUUUUUUAAAUCAUCAAGGGCUCAGGAACAAAUUCAUCACCUCGUAUCUGCUUUCCUGGGCAUCAAGAAGCCCAGAUAGGUUGAGAGAAGCAUUUAUAGAGGUAUGAUAACCUAUUGACUGAUAGAGCAGCAGGCACCUGAGGUGUAGCUGGCAAAGAAAAAGACGUUCAGUGCUAAUGCUUGGUGUCUAAAGUGGCACAAUGACAACAGAGAAAAGUUUAGUGGCAGAGGCAGAAAGUCCUCCUCAAGACCAAAAGCAAGAAGGGAAGGAGCAGGAAGAGGCAGCAGCAAGUAAAUCUGUUCCUGAAGAAUUGGACAAAGGGGAAAACCAGGAUACUGUGCAAUCGCAGGGUUCUCCUUCCACAGCUUCACCAAGCACCCGCAAAAACAAGGAACGGAAUUCAGAAGGUAAAGGCUUGUCACGGCUGUUCUCAUCCUUUCUGAAAAGGCCGAAAUCUCAGGUGACAGAGGAAGGAAACGAAGUUCAUUUGCCAGCGGAGAAAGGAGUGGUUGAUCAAAAGGAAGUGGAUGAAGGUCUGGGAGAGCAGCUAGAAGAUGAAGUUUUUCUGAAGGCUCCUAUUGCUGCUCCAGAACCUGAACUUAGAACUGACCCUUCUCUAGAUCUCCAUUCUCUCAGCAGUGCGGAAACCCAGCCUGCUCAGGAGGACAGGAAAGACGACCAAGAACAAGAAGCGGAUCUUGAGGAAGGAGAAGAAUCUGUUAAGGUCAACGAGGAACGAAGGCAAAAGAAAUCUGAAGACGUAAAGAGUCCACAGAAAGUGGCCAGGAGAUCGCCCAACAUGCACUGCAGAGUUUCCCUUCUUGAUGACACUGUAUACGAGUGUCAGUUGGAGAAACAUGCCAAAGGACAGGAGCUGUUUAAGAAAGUAUGCAGCCACUUGAACAUUCUAGAGGAAGAUUACUUUUGCCUUGCCAUAUGGGAGUCCCCAUCCAGCAAGGUCUGGAUCGAUCCUCUCAAGGAGAUCAAGAAACAGGUGCAUGGAGCUCGAUGGGACUUCACCUUCAAUGUAAAGUUUUAUCCACCAGACCCUGCUCAACUCACAGAAGAUAUAACCAGAUAUAACCUGUGCCUCCAGUUGCGCCAGGAUAUCCUAAGUGGGCGACUGCCAUGCUCAUUUGCUACCCUUGCUCUUUUGGGCUCUUACACUGUCCAGUCAGAGGUGGGCGAUUAUGAUGAAGAUCUCCAUGGCACAGACUAUGUUAGUGAGUUUAAACUGAGCCCAAAUCAAACCAAGGAUCUAGAGGCAAAGGUUGCAGAACUGCACAAGUCUUACAGAUCAAUGACCCCAGCCCAGGCUGACUUGGAGUUCUUAGAAAAUGCCAAAAAGCUGACUAUGUAUGGUGUGGAUAUUCACCAAGCCAAGGACUUGGAGGGAGUGGACAUUAAGCUUGGGGUCUGCUCUGGGGGUCUCAUGGUUUUCAAGGACAAUCUGAGAAUCAACCGUUUCCCCUGGCCCAAAGUCUUGAAAAUCUCAUAUAAAAGAAGUAGCUUUUUCAUCAAGAUUCGCCCUGGAGAGCAGGAGCAGUAUGAAAGUACAAUAGGAUUUAAACUGCCAAGUUACCGAGCUGCCAAGAAACUUUGGAAGGUUUGUGUUGAGCAUCACACAUUUUUCAGGUUGACAUCUACAGAGUCCAUCCCUAAACACAGGUUUCUGUCAUUGGGAUCCAAAUUCCGUUACAGUGGACGCACACAGGCCCAGACGAGGCAUGCCAGUGCACUCAUUGAUAGGCCUGCCCCACAGUUUGAGCGAACUGCCAGCAAACGUGCCACUCGCAGCCUAGAUGGAGUGAAGAAAGGGCAUGUCUCAUAUGAGUUCAGUGCUCUUGAAGAGGAUAAUGACGUUGAAGUGAUUGAAUUAGAAGAGCCAAUUCGCACUGUACCAGCAACCUUACCUCACAAAGAGGAGAUCGUGUUGAAAAACAUUAACAAGGCGGUUCUCAAGAUGCCGGAGGAGAUAACUGAGCAGAUCCACACAGCAUAUGUGGAGACUGAGCAGCAAGCUGCAGUGGCCACUCCUGAACGCAAUACCCGCCCUGUGUCUGCUCCUGUUAUUACUCACAGCCAAGUGAUUGUACAGCCUAUACAUUCUAGAGAGACUGCUGCUCAGCAGCUAUCCGAGUCCUCAGCUAGGAAUGAGGAAAAGAAAUUGCAGGACCAGAUUCAAGAUGCAAGGAGCUCCCCGAAGGUAACUAAGGAGGCAAAAUCUUCACAACAGGAUUCAUCACCCACUGUCAAUGGAGAUCAAUUACAGCAACCACCUGAAAAAGAGGAAGAGAUCAUUCGCAUGAGGAAGAAAAGAGCAAAGAAACUAGAGGGUGAAAACAUAUAUAUCAGACAUAGCAAUUUAAUGUUGGAGCAUAGAGUUGCAGAGACAGGAGCCACUGCCGGGCAUAUAGACUUAGAGAAGACUCAAGAGGAAAUUAUUCGUCACCACGCCAGUAUCCGUGAGCUGAAGAAAAGUUUCAUGGAGUCCGUUCCUGCUCCACGUCCCAGUGAGUGGGAUAAACGCCUUUCCACCCACUCUCCUUUCCGUACCCUCAGUUUCAAUGGACAGGUCCAAACUGGCACUGAUGGGCCUCCAUUGGUGAAAACACAGACAGUAACCAUCUCCAAUUCUUCAACCAGUGAGAAGGGACAAAUCCCCACCAAAGAAGUCCCUUUGGUCCACACAGAGACUAAAACGAUCACAUAUGAGGCAGCACGGAAUGAUGAUAUUAACAAUGACCAAGAACCUGGCAUUUUGCUUACUGCGCACACCAUUACCUCUGAAACCACCAGCAGUACCACCACCACCCAGAUUACCAAGACCGUGAAAGGUGGCAUCUCCGAGACUCGAAUAGAGAAGAGAAUAGUCAUUACAGGCGAUGGAGACCUGGAUCAUGACCAGGUUCUGGUACAAGCUAUCAAAGAGGCAAAGGAGCAACACCCUGACAUGUCAGUAACCAAGGUGGUGGUUCAUCAAGAGACCGAAAUAGCGGAAGAAUAAUGAAAUCAGAUCUUUAUUGCAAUCCUUUUUUGGGACCAUGAACACAAACCAGCAAGUUUCCAAAAGAUGCCCGAUCCCUGGACAAAUCUCCUCAGAGAGCCGACAAGAAUAAUAAUCAGAUCCUCAGUUGCGACCAUAAUGUUACUGGAACAAUUCCCUUCUAUAGCAGUGUUCUGCUUAUGUUUUACACUCACGUUCUUAUCACAAAAUCUAGAUUGUCUCUGUAUUGGAGGGGUCUCUCCUAUAUACAUUAGGAGAUUUUUAAAUAUUUUGUAAGUUUUAAAUUCAAUCACUUUUGCAUGGUGUUUGUAUACUGUGAACAAUGAAUGUGACUAUUACAUCUGACAAUGUAGGUGUAGACACUGCCCAUUAAGUUAAGCUGUGAGUGAUGACUUCUCUGCAGAACUAGGAGGAAGACGACAACUAUGUGGUGCUAUAGUUUGUUGGAUUCCAAAAAUGCUUGCAUAGAUAACAAAAACUGGUAUAGGAAGGUUUUGUGCGUAUCAUCUUUGUUCUAUCUGGGAGUGAUAUACUGUUAACACUCUAUGUAGGUUGCAAUCCAUGUCCCGUACAAUAGUUUAUUUACUGUGUAUUUCUGAUUUAUUAACAUCUAUCCGUCACCUCCAACUGUCACUUUAUAGUGGUAGCGAUUAAUAUUUUACCUCCCAGCUGUCGGUGUCACUGCGACCCAAGAGUUAGAGGAACAGACUACAUACAUGCUGUCCAACAGGCCACACCUAUUAUCUGCCACUAUCUUUGGCGUUUUUUAUGUAGCAAAGUGUGUAUACGUUCUCUAACGCCCCAUGUUUGUCAUCUGCAUAGCAAGGAAGAUGCAGGGCCGAGGGUAAUUAAAAUGAAGCAAAUGUGUGCGAAAACAGCUUUUUUUUCCUUAACCUUUUUAGUAUAUUUGCAAUUAUUGAAUCUCAUUCACAAAAUGAAAACAAAAAACCUCAUGAUGUAUUAUUUUCUACUUUUAAAUAAUGAAGGAUAUUUGUAAAUGUGGUUUACUUCAAUUUUUAUAUAUAUAUAUAUAAAUGAGUUGUAAUAGGGUCGUAUUUUAGCACAUUUUACUGGCUUAUGAGGUGAAGAGUAAUUUCUCAUCAUGUUGUUGCAGGAUUACACAUUGAAGUAAAUAUUUGUAGCUUUGGAAAUGUGUCGUCUCUUCGUUUUUUAAAUACAACUUUUGGGUUAAAUCUCA